CCAUGUGACUGUCAUAUGAGCUUACUAAUAAUAAUAUAACAUCACUAGCCCAAUAAGCUUUUUUAACUGUCUUUUACAGCUUUUUUUGCAUUGCAGAUUCAGAUAGAUCGGGCUUUGAAAUGACCAUGGAGAUGAUUCUUCACGCAAGCAAGUAGAUAGUUAAAUAGAGAGAGAGAGAGAGAGAGAGAGAAGACUUCGUGAGGAAGCAAAGAGAGAGAAGGAAAAUAUCACACAUAUUGUUGUUGUAUAGAGAAUAUAGUUUGGUUUUUUGAAAACAUGGAACGCUAUGAGAUACUUCGAGAUAUUGGGUCAGGAAACUUUGGAGUUGCCAAACUGGUCAGAGAAAAAUGGAGUGGUGAGCUCUAUGCAGUCAAAUUCAUUGAGCGAGGCCAAAAGAUUGAUGAGCAUGUACAGAGAGAGAUCAUGAACCACAGGUCUUUGAAGCAUCCUAAUAUUAUAAGAUUUAAGGAGGUCUUGCUAACUCCAACUCAUUUAGCCAUUGUAAUGGAAUAUGCAGCUGGAGGUGAACUUUUUGAAAGAAUAUGCAAUGCUGGUAGAUUCGGUGAGGAUGAGGCAAGAUAUUUUUUUCAACAGCUGAUAUCAGGGGUCAGUUACUGCCAUUCAAUGCAAAUUUGCCACAGAGAUCUUAAGUUGGAAAACACACUUCUUGAUGGAAGCUCAGCGCCACGUCUUAAAAUUUGCGACUUUGGCUACUCAAAGUCAUCUGUGCUGCAUUCACAACCGAAAUCAACCGUUGGAACACCUGCCUACAUUGCACCGGAAGUUUUGUCAAGAAAAGAAUAUGAUGGGAAGAUAGCAGAUGUUUGGUCUUGUGGGGUUACCUUAUAUGUGAUGCUGGUUGGGGCUUAUCCCUUUGAAGAUCCGGAAGAUCCAAGAAACUUCAGAAAAACACUUCAGAGAAUCCUUAGUGUGCACUAUUCCAUUCCCGACUAUGUCCGCGUUUCCAUGGAAUGUAGACAUCUCCUCUCUCGAAUUUUUGUUGCAAGCCCUGAGAAGAGAAUAACGAUCCCGGAAAUUAAAAAGCACCCAUGGUUCCUAAAGAACUUGCCGAUAGAAUUCAUGGAUGGAGGGGAAGGUGCCCUACAAAAUGCGAAAGAAAAUGACUCAUCACAAAGCGUGGAAGAAAUAUUGUCCAUAAUUCAAGAGGCAAGGACCCCAGCUGAGGGUCCAAAACUUGGAGGGCAAUUUCUUGGAGGAAGUAUGGAUCUUGAUGAUUUAGAUGCUGAUGCUGACAUAGACGAUAUAGAGAUGAGUGGGGAUUUUGUUUGUGCCUUAUGAGUGCAAGUGUAUCAUUAUACAUGCACCUUUUUAAAGGUCAAAUAAUAAAUAAUAAAAAAAAGGAAAAAAAAAAAAAAAAAAAAAAAGAGAAGUUGAAGAGCAUAAGGGCAUUCCCUUCACGUCUUGUGGGGAUCCAAUUAUCUCUUCUAAAUGAUCAUAAUUUCCUUUUUCUUGCAAG